AUGAUCCUAAGCCAGUGGCAAUUCUGGUUGUGUGUUUGGAUUGGCUAUACAAUCGCAGCUCUUUUUGUAUUCUUGAUGGGCCGCAUUACAUCUAUAUACCGCAUACCAUUUACUGUGACUCAUCGAGCCUCUUCCGGCAUUUGGGGCUCAUUCUGGCCUAUCUUCAAUCGUGCGGCGAUGGCUGUUAGUUGGCAUGGUGUACAAGUAGGUUACCCUUCUGGUGAGUGUCUGACCUUGAUGAUACAAUCAAUUUGGCCAAGUUAUGGGAACCUUCCAAACACAAUCCCAGAAGGAGCAGGGAUUACCACAAAACAAUUUGUAAGCUUCUUCCUGUUCUGGCUUGGAUCACUUCCUGCUUUGUGGUUCCCAAUCUACAAGAUCCGACACCUCUUUACGGUGAAGGCAUACUUUUCUCCAUCAUGUGCAAUCGCAUUCUUUGCUUGGGCAAUCGCCCGGGCGCAUGGGCUCGGUCCCAUAGUGACGCAGUCCAGCACCGCUCACGGUAGUGCCUUUGGCCUUAGCCUCUGUAAAGAGUAUCAUGAACUGCAUCGCAAAAUUUGCUGCCUUGAUCGUCAACAACCAAGAUUUUACCAGAUAUUCUCGCAAACCUCAGGACGCACUAUGGCCUCAGCUUUUAACUAUUCCAGUGGGCUUCGCUAUUACCUCGUUCAUCGGCAUUAUUGUCUCACCCUCCUCGAGUGUCAUUUUUGGGCAAGCCGUGUGGAAUCCAUCGAUCCUUUUGGGUAUCUUGGAACCAACAUUGCCGCAAAUUCUGUAUCUGCAGGGACUAAUCUUACUGCACUUCUUCCACGAUUUUGCACUAUCCGACGGGGUGGAUACCUAUGUGCUGCAAUUGGCCUCGCUAUGUGUCUUUGGACCCUUGUCUCCUCCUCUAGCAACAUUACUCUUUGUCUUUCUGCAUAUUCUGUCUUUCUUUCCGCCAUUGCAGGUAUCAUGGCCAGUGACUACUACCUUGUACGCAAGGGGUAUCUUGAUAUCGAAGAUCUCUAUUCCGCCCGAAAAAACAACCUCUACUAUGGAAUUCAUAGUAUUUCUUGGCACGGUUAUGCCGCCUAUUUCUGCGGCUUACUCAUUAAUAUCGUUGGCUUCGCCGGUGCUGUUGGGGUUGAUAUUCUAGUUGGGGCCCUCUACAUCUACAAUGUGAAUUAUUUCUCUGGGUUUCUCGUGUCGGGCGCGGUAUAUUGGCUCCUGGCUUGGCUGGUCCCAAUCUCAGGGACAAGCGUCACAUGGAAUGAGAUUCCGUAUGAGAUAAGCUCCGUACCAGAUUUGGAUGAAAAGAAGGUUGAAGAAGUCUAA